AUGCCGAGCAACGGCAGUCAAUCCUCGUCGGCGGCAUUCCCGUCGAUUUCCUCGCCGUCCUCCGCAACCGCCGCCGCGGCAGCCGGCAUCCUCCAUUCCUCCUCCUUCAGAGUCCCGUCCUCUUCCUCAUCGAUGUUCUCAACUCCAUUCGUCCUCACCUUCUCCCUCCUCCUCUCCCUCCCGAUCCUCUUCCUCCUCGCCCCGCGAAUCCUCCCCCCGCGGCUCUCCUCCGUCCCAAUCUCCCCCUCCGACGAGCUCGAAGACCUCUCGCUCUUCCGCCGCGCGUCCGCCACUCCCACCACCCGCCUGCCUUCCUCCUUCUCCCACCUCGCCGCUUCCAAGCCCAAGCUCAAGAUCGCGUUCCUCUUCCUGACCAACUCCGAUCUGCAAUUCGCGCCGCUCUGGGAGAAGUUCUUCCGCCCUCCCUCGGCCAAAUCGCUCUACAACAUCUACGUCCACGCCGAUCCGACCGUCAACGUCACCAGCCCCGGCGGAGUCUUUGAAGGCAAGUUCAUCGAGCACGCCAAGCGGACCUACCGCGCGUCGCCGACGCUGAUCUCCGCCACGCGCCGGCUGCUCGCCACCGCCAUCCUCGACGACCCCGCCAACGCCUUCUUCGCCGUGAUUUCGCAGCAUUGCAUCCCGCUGCACUCGUUCAAGUUCGUCUACCACUCCCUGCUCAAGUCCAGAUCCUUCGAUUUCUCCUCCGGGGAUCCCGAUGCUUCCACUCAGUACGGGAUUCGGCUCCAGUACAAGAGCUUCAUUGAGGUGAUCUCCGACGAGCCUCGGCUCUGGAAGAGGUAUGUUGCUCGCGGGAGGUACGCGAUGAUGCCGGAGGUUCCCUUUGAGGAUUUUAGGGUUGGAUCUCAGUUCUUCGUGUUGACCCGACGCCACGCGCUGAUGGUGAUUAAGGAUCGCCGGCUGUGGAAGAAAUUCAGGAUGCCGUGUUAUAGAGAGGAUGAGUGUUACCCUGAGGAGCAUUACUUUCCGACCUUGUUGUCAAUGCAGGAUCCCAAGGGGUGUACUCAGUACACUCUGACGAAGGUUAAUUGGACGGGGACGGUCAAUGGCCAUCCUUAUACUUACAAGAAGAGCGAAAUCUCCCCGGAGUUGAUUCAGGGUUUGAGGGAAUCAAAGUACUCGAGCUCGUACUUGUUUGCUAGGAAAUUCGCCCCGGAUUGCUUGGCGCCAUUGUUGAAGAUUGCUGACAAGGUCAUUUUCCGGGAUUAA